AAAAGGACGGAAUUCAUUUAUGGAAUGAGGUGUACAUUAACCGUUUAUUGCUUAUUGCUUAGCAACAAUUCGUUUUAUCGCAUAUUUAGACCGGUUCUCGUGACUGAAGGAUGAUGGGUAACAAAGCGUUGAAAAAAAUUGGUCGAUUCUGAAUAAUAAUUACUUUUGAACAUGAAAUUUUUAUUGGUAUUGUUUUACAUUGCUUCCUCUUACAACGCACAGGAUUCUCAAAAAAUAUUUGUUUUAUAUGUGAACGAGAAGGAUAAUACAAUAGCCGAAAAAGGAGUGGAAGUAGCCCUUGCUUAUAUAAAAGAUAACCCUAAACUAGGAGUGGAGGUGGAUUUGACCACAAUUUUGAGUAAUCGGACUGAUGCAGUUGAACUAUUGGAUCCUUUGUGCAAAACUUAUGACGAUAUGGUGAAAGCCUCUAAACCACCUCACUUGGUAUUUGAUACAACGGUUACAGGCCUAUCUUCAGAGACGGUCAAAUCAGUUACUGCAGCUCUUGGCUUGCCAACGAUUACUGCCUCUUAUGGUCAAGAUGGGGAUCUUGUUAAAUGGCGAAAAAUAGACGACGACGAGAAAAAAUAUUUCAUUCAAAUAAAUCCCCCUACAGAUAUAAUUCCUCAAAUAAUACGAGAGAUAGUUGAAAGGCAAAAUAUAACGAACGCUGCAAUAAUGUACGAUAAUAAUUUUGUGAUGGGACACAAAUAUAAAACUUUGCUACAAAACAUUGCUACUCGUAAUAUAAUAACUGCCAUUGACAAGAAUAAACUGGAAACUCAAAUACAGAAGCUGUCAAAAAUGGAAAUUCUAAAUUUCUUUAUACUUGGUAGUUUGGUUACGAUCAAGGAUGUUCUUACCUUGGCUUCGAGAAAUUCUCUCUUGGUGAAAACUUUCGCUUGGCAUGCAAUAACAGUAGAUGAGGGUGAUAUUACUUGUGACUGCUCAGAAGGAAGAGUUCUAUUUAUCAAACCAGUCAUAGAUCCUAUGUUCGAAGAACGUAUUAAACAGAUCAAAAAAACAUAUCAGUUCGAUAAUGCCCCUUUGAUAACAACAAUAUUCUACUUCGACUUGGCUUUGCAAUCGUUCCUCACCAUUAAGACAAUGCUACAAAAAGGACAAUGGCCUGAGAGUAUGAAUGAGUAUUUGACAUGUGAUGGUUUUAAUGGCACCAAUAAUCCGAAACGUACAGAUUUAGAUUUAUUAACUGCCUUCAGAAAGGAAAACACCGAGAGUCCAACCUAUGGACCAUUUGCAGUUAUCUCAAAUGGAAAAAGUUCGAUACAGUUCUUGAUGGAGAUAUUCCUUACCAGUUUCAGCCGGAAUAUGGUAGAGAGCUCUGUAUCUAUUGGAACAUGGGAUGCUAGCUUCGGUAGUAAUUUAACUCUGUCAAAACCUGAGAUGAUGGACAAUUUCACAUCUGCACAAAUAUAUAGAGUAGUUGUAGUUGAACAAAAACCCUUUAUUUUCAAAGAUCCAAGACAUCCUAAGGGAUACAAUGGUUAUUGCAUUGAUAUGAUGGAAAUGAUAGCACAGAAUCUUGGUUUCGAUUAUGUUGUACAUAUAGCGUCUGGUAAUACAUUUGGUCAAAUGGAUGAUCAAGGGAAAUGGAAUGGCAUGGUUAAGGAUAUAAUGGAGAAAAAAGCUGACAUUGGUUUGGGCUCAAUUUCUAUAAUGGCUGAGAGAGAAAGUGUUAUUGACUUUACUGUACCUUACUACGAUCUUGUAGGAUAUUCUAUUAUGAUGAAAUCCUCUUAUGUUCCUCCUUCACUCUUCAAAUUUUUAAGUGUGCUGGAAGAUGAAGUUUGGAUUUGUAUUUUGGCCGCUUAUUUUAUAACAAGUGUUCUAUUAUGGAUAUUCGAUAGAUAUAGUCCUUACAGUUAUCAGAAUAACAUAGAGAAAUAUAAGGAUGAUGAGGAGAAAAGGGUUUUCAGUCUGAGGGAGAGUUUAUGGUUUUGUAUGACAUCCUUAACUCCACAAGGGGGUGGAGAAGCUCCCAAGAAUUUAUCUGGUCGUUUGGUAGCAGCCACCUGGUGGCUCUUUGGCUUUAUAAUAAUAGCCUCAUACACUGCAAACUUGGCUGCAUUCUUGACAGUAUCUAGGUUGGAAACACCUAUCGAAUCUUUGGACGAUCUUUCCAAACAAUACAAGGUGAACUAUGCACCAGUAAAUGGAUCAGCAACUAUGAUUUAUUUCAAAAGGAUGGCCGCCAUUGAGGAGAAAUUUUAUGAGAUAUGGAAAGAUAUGAGCUUGAACGAUAGUCUGAGUGAGAUCGAGAGGUCAAAAUUGGCAGUAUGGGAUUAUCCUGUGAGCGAUAGAUAUACCAAAAUUUGGCAGGCGAUGCAAGAAACUGGAUUUCCGUCUUCAAUCGAAGAAGCUAUUGGUAAGGUGAGGCUGUCAAAGUCUGCAACAGAUGGUUUCGCUUUCAUCGGGGAUGCUACUGAUAUAAAAUAUUAUCAAUUAAUCACAUGUGAUUUGGUUUCUGUUGGUGAGGAAUUUUCGAAGAAACCUUAUGCUCUAGCAUUGCAACAAGGCUCGCCUUUGAAAGAGAAAUUGAACACAGCAAUAUUGGAAUUGGUAAACCAACGAAAACUCGAAGAGCUUCGUUUGAAAUGGUGGGAUCACAACCCUGAAGCCAAAAAGUGUCCAUUACCAGAAGAUCCUUCAGAUGGAAUUAGUGUUGCCAAUAUCGGUGGAGUCUUCAUUGUGAUUUUGGUUGGCAUAGGUUUAGCAAUAGUUAUUUUAUGUAUAGAAUAUUUCUUUUAUAGUAAACAAAAACAAGAUAAAGUAGAGUUAGUAAGAGGAAUACCUAGUUCUUCUAGGUCACCUUUGGAAAUCUUUGAUGGGAAUCAAAUGACCUUGAGAAAUAGGGCUAGGAUGCCAAAUGCUGGAUUUAAUAAAAUGUAUCCACCUGAAAAAUAAGAAGAAAAUUCGUUUAUCAUGAGCUCUGGUUGAAAAAAUAAUUGAGAAGUUAAAAAUUAAUAGGCAUUUUACAGUCCUAAAAUAUUAAUAGGUUAGCUAGAUUUCAUUUUGAAAACACAGAGCUCAUGAAAAAUAUGACUGAUAGUGAUAGUUUUAAAAAAUUCUUUUGAACUUGUUAACUUCGCAGUUUCUAUAAGAGCUUUAUAUAAGUCCAUACAAAUCCAAAUCAAUAUCAAAUGUCUGAGAUAAUUAUUAUAUAUAACUAUUUAUUUAUUCUAAUUAUAUAAUAAUAUAUAAGCAGUAGCGACGCCAGCUUUCAAGAAUAGGGGGGCCAAGGAGGAACCAGAAUUCUUCACGGUUGGCAAAGUUUUUUGGAGGGAAUUGGAAAAAUCUAAGAAUAUAGGGAAAAUAGGAAGAAGCAUAUGUAUUCAUGAAUAUUCCAUAAGGAAAGAAAGUGCUGGUAACGAAAAAAAAAUGUUUGAACAUAUAAAAACAGCGACACCACUGCUUAUAAGAUGAAUGAAAAUUAAGGUGUUGAAAUGAAGCUUCUAGUGAAGUAAUUCAGGUUUUUAUUCAGUGUAAAGAAUAAAACUUAUAAUUCCAAUUUA